AGGAGUGUAAACGAAAUUUUCAGGCAAUCUUCGCCACAUUUUUCAUUUGCCAAAAAUACAACUGCGAUCUUUGUCUAUACGACAUCUUUUACUGCUGGAGUGAAUUAUGGCAUUCAUAACACCAGUCGUCACUAAGGAAUUCAAUCUUUACUCUCAAGAGAAGAGUAAAUCUAAAUCAAGAAGGCACUCGGCACCCGAAAUUGGCGACACUAAAGAUGACACACUCGACGCUUCUGGCGCAAAAAAAUCGCGAUUGGAGCUGAUGAGAGAAAAACGACUCCGACACUACAACAAAAGAAUUCAACGAACUCAUCCUUUGCGAAAAAUUUCCGAGAUCAGUAACGAAGCUGUGAACGAGGACGAGUUGACUUUCGAUCGAGUGCAAAAUGGGUUCACUAUCAUGAAGCGACUAGUCGAGGUCCCCGAACCCGAAGAAAAGCACGACCAAUCAAAGGAUAAGCCUGAUUCUAUCAAAGAACAGAAAAACCAAAAAGCAAAGACCCAUUCCGCUCCCGAAAUCUCCAAAUCGUCUAAACAAGGAAUGGUUCUGAAAAUGUUCCACUGGAUGGCACGCAGGCAUCCGAUCAGAGCAAAAUAAUUUUUGGAUGUAAUAAUGAUCCAAUAUGAGAUGAUAAUAAUAAUAAUUUUCUAGGUGCUGUAAAUAAGGGAAAGUUAUAGG